AUGACGCACUGUUCCGAAAACGCGCUUGCAAGUAAAACACCGAGUGCUUGCAGGCUCUCAGAUAACCUCCUCGAAUGCUGUGACUCUCGGGGGCAAGUCCAGUCGACUGUCACUCUUGACGAUGUAGUGUGUAUCUUACCACCAAAGGAUGACCAUGCCAAAGAGGGCUUUACUCUGCUAUACGUUCAGAAGAACCACGAAGAUGAGAGUCCUGGGCUGGUCCACAAAACAUCGCUCCAGAGCAUCCUACUACUUUCCCCACCACAGGGGUUACUGUCACAAUAUUUGCUGGCAAAGAUCCCUCAUCAUCUUGAUUCCUUAGACAAUAAUCGCAAGCUUUAUAUUGUUAUAUCUACUCUCUCGGGAACUUGUAUAGCUCUGGAUUUUUUCAACAGCGUUCUAAGACCACUCUUAGCGAAGAUUGGCCUAUCUCACUACGAGACCCAUGAAACAAGCUCGGAGCAAACUAUCACUGAACUGUGCUUGUCAAAAUUCAUUCCUUGCGCCAAGGCAGGGGUCGCCCAAACGAUUAUACUUCUUUCGGGUGAUGGGGGCCUCACUGACAUCGUCGACUCGUUUCAUCGAUCUACAGAGAAAAUGCUAGUAUCUCCUGAUAUUGCCUUGAUCCCGGCAGGCACAGGGAAUGCUAUGGCAAAUUCCUUGGAAUUGCUCUCAAAGUCUACAACUAGCCUGGUGACAUUACUGCGAGGAAAGCCAACAGGUAUACCUGUAUUCUCUACCCAAUUUUCACCAGGGACACAUCGUGUUUCUGGGGAAGACCCCAUCAACGAUUCGUUAAGCAGAGACCCAACGGAAGACACAUAUCCAAGGACCUACGGAGCUGUUGUUGCAAGUUGGGGUCUACAUGCUUCCCUGGUUGCUGAUAGCGACACCGCAGAAUACCGUGCCUACGGGAGUGAUCGGUUUAAGAUGGCUGCCAAAGAGCUCCUAUAUCCUUCAGAUGGCUCUGAGUCCCACAUAUAUAAGGGCAUGAUUACCCUGAGAAAGAUAGACAGCCAGGGACAUCAAGGCGCGGAAAUCAUGAGGCAGCACGAACACAUGUAUGUGUUGGUGACUUUGGUACCUAAGCUCGAGAAAGAGUUCAUGAUAUCCCCGUCAUCAAUCCCACUAGGUGGUAGCUUGAGGAUGAUUCACUUUGGCCCAGUGUCUCCUGAACGCGCCAUGGAUUUGAUGGCCUUAGCGUACCAAGGAGGUGGCCACAUUCGGGAAAGUGAAGUCUUCUACUCGGAUUUCGAGGGGGUAAGAAUUGACUUUCAGGAAGCUGACGAGAGAUGGCGACGGGUGUGUAUUGAUGGGAAGGUGUUUGUUAUCGAAUGCGGGGGUUGGAUGGAGAUACACAAAGAGCCUAGAUGUUUAUUGAAAGUUUUCUCAUCCGUCACUGACUAA